AUGAGCGAUGUUCUAUCCCAAUAUAAAGGGUGUUCAAUCGAGGAUUUACCUACACCAAAUUUCAUUAUUAAUGAAGAAAAAUUUGAUAAGAAUUGUACCACAAUGUUGAACAACGUUGAAGAGCUAAGUGGGGAAUGUGGCGUACCAAUCAAAUUUCGUGCUCACAUAAAGACGCAUAAGACAGCAAAGGGUACUUUGAAGCAAUUGGGCCAUGGACUACCAUUGGCUAAGCGCACUACAAGAGCUAUAAUAGUAUCAACUUUAAAAGAAGCAGAAGAACUUUUGAAUUAUCAAGAUAGACAAUGUUUGGAUUACAUUGACGAUAUAACAUAUAGUCUGCCCUGCUGCGUUCCAGAGGUUAUUCCUCUUUUGAGCAGUUUGUCAAGAAGAGUGGAUAAUUUUCAGAUUUUUGUGGACAAUAUUGAACAUUUGGAGAAUUUAAAAGAUUUUGGUAGACCUGCUUCCGGCAAGAAAUGGUCGAUUUUUAUCAAAGUCGAUAUGGGGACUAAGAGGGCGGGCCUUGCUUUCGAUUCUCCCGAAUUUUUGAGUCUUCUGAAAAGACUGACUUCGUCAGAGAUUAAAGAAAUAAUUGAACCGUAUGGGUUUUAUGCACAUGCCGGGCACAGCUACUCUUCAACUUCGAUGAGCGACACUCAGAAUCUUUUGAUCGAAGAAGUGAAAGCAGUCAAUUCCGCUGCCAAAGUCUUGUGCUCUGUAGACCCUAAUUUCGAUGCUUCUAAAUUAACACUUUCCGUAGGCGCUACGCCAACUUCAAAUUCUUUGAAACUCGAUAAUAAAAGUACCCUUGUCAAAUUCAUUACAGCUGAAUUAGUUGGCGCACUUGAAAUACAUUGCGGCAAUUACUGCAUGUAUGACCUGCAGCAGGUGGCAACAGGCUGUGUUCAAGAGCACGAAUUGUCCGGUUUCGUAUUGGGGACAGUACUGUCAUCGUACGCUUCUAGAGGCGAAUUGUUGAGUAAUACAGGUGUGAUGUGCCUAACGCGGGAAGCCUCCUCGAUAGAAGGGUUUGGCAUAUGCAGUAAUUUGCAACAAGUUUUAAAAUCCGAGGAUUUCAAUAGGGAAUGGUAUGUAGCUAGGGUUUCUCAAGAACAUGGGAUAUUGAGGUCAACAAGAAACUGGAACGAAACAACUCCAUUGAAAUUAGGCACCAAAUUUGCCGUUCUUCCUCAACACGCUUGUAUUACAAUGGGGCAAUUUCCAUAUUAUUUCGUAGUAAAUAGCCAGGGUAUUGUCACCGAUGUUUGGGUACCGUUUCAGAAAUGGUAA